AAAGGGUAAAGUCCAUUAUUCAACCCUAUAUUUGUCAUGGUUGUCUAAUUCACAACCUAAUACUACAAUACCAGACAACCGACAUCUCUCAACUGUGAAAACCGUCUAAAAAACAACCCCGCACCCACCUGACCCCGGUUUCUGACCACGUGGCGGCUGUUUUUCGACACGUCAGCGCUCCAGCGUGGCGCAUCUUGCCUCGUCAGCAACCAGCCAUUACGAAUAGAGAGAGGUUGCCGGGCCCAAAUAUUCCCCUUUCUUUCCCCUAACCCUAACAUUCAAAUCGGCUCCAUCGAUGGCGGCUUCAAGCUCGUCGGCCUCCAGCAAAUCAAGGGGCGGCUCGUGGUCUGGCAUCGGAGGGGAGGACUUUUCUUCCCCAAUCCGCUACCGCGAGCGCCCUCUUGACUACGAACCUCCGAUGUGGUGCAAGUGCGGGAGGAAGGCGGCAAGAUGGAUUUCGUGGAGUGAUGAUAAUCCAGGAAGAAGGUACUUCAAGUGCUUCUCUGCACGGUUUGGCGGAUGUGAUUUCUAUGCUUGGCAUGACCAAGCCAGCUAUGCGUCUGCAUUUAUCAAGCAAUUGAUUGUAGAUUUGCGUGAUGGAGUAAGGGAUUUGAAGAAGGAGAAUAGGGAGUUGACAGCAAUGGUUGGGGAUGGCGCCGCCCGACUGGAUGAGCACAGAGCAGAGGCAAUGCGGCUGAAGAACCUCCUUGCAGAGAAGGAUGCAGCCAAUGAUGAAAUGAAGACAAGGGUGACCGAAUUAGUUCAUGAGCGAUUUGUUCUGCGCCUUGUAAUCCUAGGAUGUGUCAUGGCUUUGCUUGUUCUUCUGUUUAGUAAGUGAAUCCGUUAUGUGUGUAAUGGUUAGGCAAUAUGUAGUAGUUAGUUAAGUGAUGCAUGUUCAGCUGAUGACAUUGAGCUGUUGUUGUUGUUGAUCUGACCUUGAAGUUGUGUCCGGUUUAAAUAUGGAGGGUACAUCCUGAUGUUCUGAUUAUGGCCAAUCUAGACUGAUCAA